AGGUGGAGGCUGUUUGUGUGUAUAUAAGUACGAUGUUUUUCUCACUUUAACCUCUGCGUCUUGUUUACCCGGUGAAACGAGUUUUGUUCUCGGUGUUUUUCUGUUUUUUUUUUCUGCAACUGAAUUUUUCCAUCAACCUAGUUUUUAUCAAUUUCUGCAAAAAUGCGAACGAGUACUGUAGUCUAUGGAAAACACUUCAAGCUUCUAGUUGUCGGUGGAGGCGCAGGCGGCCUCGGAGCAGCUUCAAAGUUUGCCAGAAAGUUGCCACGUGGUAGUGUUGGAAUAAUCGAACCACGUGAAGAUCACUAUUAUCAGCCCGGUUUUACACUUGUCGGCGGUGGAUUGAUGAGUCUAGAAGCCAAUCGCGGAAAACAGAAGGAUUUAAUUCCAAAAAAUGCCACUUGGAUUCAGGAUAAAGUGCAAAAGUUUGAACCAGCGAAGAAUUCGGUGAAGUUGAGAGGAGGAGAUGAGAUUACCUAUGAUUAUAUGGUUAUUGCCAUGGGCGUUCAGUUGAGAUAUGAUAUGAUCAAAGGAGCAAAAGAGGCUCUGGACACGCCUGGAGUUUGCUCCAACUAUUCCCCAUUUUAUGUUGAGAAGCAUUACAAAGAGGCCAUGAAUUUUAAGGGUGGAAAUGCACUGUACACCUUCCCAAAUACGCCGAUAAAAUGUGCAGGAGCUCCACAGAAAGCGUGUUACAUCACUGAUUCAAUUCUUCGUCAAAGAGGUGUUCGUGAUCAGGCACACAUGAUCUAUGCAACCAGCUUGAAAAGGGUUCGGUUUUUAUUGUGUUGGGAUAUAAUAAAUCAUGGUGCCAUUGGAAAUCAGAAAAGCAAAAAAAAAAUCAGAAAGCACCAGCUGGUCACAAUUGAUUGUUUUGAUAACAACAUAUUGAAACAGUACAAUAAUUUUUUCUUUCAUUUGUUCGGAAUCGAAUCGUAUCUAAAAUCCCUGGAAAAAGUAGCUCGGGAUAAGGAAAUCGAUGUGAGAACGAGAAGAAAUUUGAUUGAAGUGAACACAAAUGACAGAAUUGCCACGUUUGAGCUGUUGGAUGAGGAGGCUAAGCCAACUGGAAAAACUGAGCAAAUUGAGUACUCCCUAUUACACAUUGGACCCCCUUGCUCAACUCCAGAAGCUCUCCGCAAUUCGGCAUUUGUCGAUAAAACUGGAUUUAUGGAUGUGGAUGGUGGGUCAUUACAGUCCAAAAAAUACCCGAAUGUAUUCGGAGUGGGUGAUUGUAUGAAUACGCCAAACGCAAAGACUGCUGCAGCAGUUUCAUCGCAUUUGAAGACAAUCGAGAAGAAUUUGACACAAGUCAUGCAGGGUAAUCGGCCAUGUAUGCAGUACGAUGGCUACGCGUCAUGCCCACUGGUUGUGAGCACAAAUCGUGUGAUCCUCGCAGAAUUUGGACCUCGAGGAGCCAUGGAGACAACUCCAUUUGAUCAAUCGAAACCCACAUAUUGGGCAUAUUUGAUGAAAAGGUAUUUCAUGCCAGCUCUGUAUUGGAAUGGUUUGAUUAAAGGAUACUGGAAUGGACCAGCUACACUCAGAAAUUGUACACGAUUGGUAAAGUCUAAAUAGAUAUUUCCCACUUUGUCGUUUUUAUUUGUUUAUAGUUUUAUUCAUUUUUUCAUUUUUCUAUGAAAUAAAUUUACUGUUUCAAA